AACGCGUCACUAAGCUAUUGGUCGAAUUCAUCUGAAUACGUGAAAAGCAACCUCCUUCCCUGUUGAAAGAAAGUAAGACCUUCCACCUUCUAGUUACAGAGACUUCACGGCGCAGCUCCUCGUUAGAGUAGACAGAGAAAGAGAAAAGAGAGGAGAAGAGAGAGAGCAUGAACAAAAGGAAAGCUUCUCUCCUCAAAAUACUUCUCGCUCUCUUCGCCCUCAAUUCGAUCUCUCUCUACCUCUACUUCUCCUCUCACCCAGACUACUUCCAUCGCAAGCCCCGACCGGAAGCCCGCCAUUAUCCGACGGAGAACCGCCACUCUUUGGCGGAAAACUAUCCGCGAUUCUCAGCGCCGGCAGUCUCCCGCGCCAAGCCCUGGCCCAUACUGGACUCCUACCUUCCCUGGUCCCAGAACCCUAAUGUUCCUCCCCGCUCCUGCGAGGCCUAUUUCGGCAAUGGAUUCACUCGCCGGCUCGACCUCCUGCGCCAAUCGCCGGAAUUCCGCCGCCGAUCGGGCGUCUCCAGCACUGCCGGCGGCGGAGGAUGGUUCAAGUGUUUGUACAGCGAGACUCUACGGAGCUCGAUUUGCGAGGGCGGGAGGGUCCGGAUGCUGCCGGAGAAGAUUCGUAUGUCAAGCGGAGGAGAAAGAUUGGAGGCGGUGAUGGGACGGACGGAUGACGAGGAGCUGCCGGUUUUUGAGUACGGUGCGUUCGACGUGGACGGCGGCAGAGAUGGGGACGGUGCCGUGCGGAAGCUCGCGAGUGAGGAGGUUCUGAACGAGGUUGUGCCGGAAGGGGCGGUUUUGAGACACGCGAUACGCGGGUUGCUCGAUUCAGUUAGGGUCGUUGGAGCGAGUGAGUUCCAGUGCUCGGAGUGGGUUGAGGAGCCAACUCUUCUGGUCACGCGUUAUGAGUACGCAAAUCUUUUUCAUACGAUUACCGAUUGGUACAGCGCUUAUGUGUCUUCUAGAGUUACAGGCCUCCCUAAUCGACCUCAUUUGGUUUUUGUAGAUGGCCAUUGUAAGGCACCAUUGAUGGAAGAGACAUGGACAGCUUUGUUUGCUAGCCCGAGAUUUGCUAAAAAUUUUACUGGACCAGUUUGUUUUCGCCAUGUUAUUCUCUCACCAUUGGGUUAUGAGACUGCUUUGUUUAAGGGGCUUACGGAAAACAUAAAUUGUCAAGGAGCAUCAGCACAUGAUCUAUGGCAAAAUCCUGAUAACCAGAAAACUGCAAGAUUGUCUGAGUUUGGGGAAAUGAUCCGAGCUGCUUUUGGGUUUCCUGUAGAUAGACAACGUGUUCAGAAGCCAGUCUCAGGUCAUAAUGUCCUCUUUGUUAGGCGGGAAGACUAUUUAGCUCAUCCGCGUCAUGGUGGUAAAGUUGAAUCAAGGCUUAGCAAUGAGCAGGAAGUAUUUGAAUCUUUGAAGAGGUGGGCCUCUGAUCAUUCAAAAUGUAAGGUAAACCUGGUUAAUGGAUUGUUUGCCCACAUGACCAUGAAAGAGCAGCUCCGAGCCAUUCAGGAUGCCUCUGUCAUUGUAGGUGCUCAUGGAGCAGGUCUCACCCACAUAAUAUCUGCAACACCCAAAACAGUGGUUCUUGAGAUUAUUAGUAGCCAAUUCAGGCGUCCACAUUUUGCAUUGAUUGCUCAGUGGAAGGGAUUGGAGUACCAUGCCAUUAACCUUCACGGUUCACGGGCUGAUCCUGCUGUGGUUGUUCGGAGGCUUAGCAACAUCAUGAGCAGUCUUAGAUGCUGAAAAGUUCAAUGUUUAAGCUGAAAUUUAUUGAUUACUCUUUUAUUUGCAAGGGAUUGAGCGCUAGUCAUGUGAUGUCUACUCAGCUUGCAGUAUCUUACUUUUCUGAGUAUGGUUCUUCCAAUAACAUCUUUUCAUUCUCUUUCGACCCAGUUUUGAAUAUAUGCUGCUUCUUUAGAAGACCAGUAGAAGGUUGAUGAGAAAAAAACUAGCUGCCUUAGCAGCAAUUGUAGCUUUAGGAUUUGAUCCAACUGAUGGUUGAAGACAGGAUGGUAAAGUAAUACAGAAGAUAAAAGGGAUUGGCUUUGCUUUGCUGUGGAGCUGUGGGCAUUUUGGCAGUUAUAGCAUACUGUUGUCUGUUCUCUGUGAGAGGUGAAAUUUGAAAAGUGAUUAAACACUUGGCACCCCAAUGCAUUGGGUUAACACUUAAUAUUGUUGAUCUUACAAAUCGAUUGAUGCUCCUCGGGAAGAACUGCAUUUGGGCCAUACAAUUGAACUUAAGGUUCUAAACCUACAACUGGUCUGAUACAUGAUUUUUGUACAAUGUAUACUUCCUGUACUAUUUUAAGCUGGGUUUUCCCAUUACUCCUUGUUCAACUACUUGAAUCAAUAUGAAUCUUAGGUACUUGAUGAAA